GGUAUGUUCACGGUAAGAGAAUCGGGACGUGAAUAACGACGCCAGAGUUUCGUCUCUGUAAAAGUACUCUGUGGUGAUUAUAUGAACGUUCGAAUAAGUGGUGUAUGCACAUGAAAAAUCCGACAUGGGUAGCACAGAGGUAACGUCUAUUGUAAAAAAGUCGGGCGAAAGUAACGGUAUUGUCAGUGACACGUACGGGCCAAAUUUGAAGAUUCUUCCGACCAACAAUCAAGUGAAGGAGUUGCAGACUAUAUUGCGAGACAAAAAUACCACGAGGAGCGACUUCAAGUUCUACGCCGAUCGACUAAUAAGGCUAGUUAUAGAAGAAAGUUUGAAUCAAUUACCUUUUUCAAAAUGUGUGGUGACUACACCAACUGGUGCCAAGUACAAUGGUUUAAAAUAUCAGAAAGGAAAUUGCGGGGUAUCAAUAGUGAGAAGUGGAGAGGCCAUGGAGCAGGGCUUAAGGGAUUGUUGCAGAAGUAUAAGAAUUGGGAAGAUAUUAGUUGAAAGUGAUGCAGAUACACAUGAAGCCAGGGUAGUCUAUGCGAAAUUUCCAGAUGACAUAUGCGAGCGAAAAGUGUUAUUAAUGUAUCCUAUAAUGAGUACUGGAAAUACUGUGAUAAAAGCCAUAGCUGUGCUAAAGGAACAUAAUGUGCUAGAAGAAAAUAUUAUUUUAUCAAAUUUGUUUUGUACGCCGAUUGCAGCCAAAUCUCUAGUUACUGCCUUUCCUCAGAUGAAGAUUUUAACAUCGGAGAUUCUUAGUAUAGCACCAAAUCAUUUUGGACAAAAAUACUUUGGCUGUUCUCGUUUCAUCGUAGGAGAGACUGCAAUCACACAAGGGAAAGAUAUUUGAAGAAUGUGUUGCACACAUUGCAUAAAUGUUCAAACUUUGUUUUAUUUGUAUGAACGAACAAAUUCUAACUGAAAAUAAGUGCACUAAAAAGUGGCUAAAACCAAUACGUAUUUUGAAGAAUGUUCGUAAUAUACGUUUGAAGUCGUUCUUUUAAUUUAAAUUCCUUGACGUGGUAAUAAUUCUAAACAUAUUCAUAAAUGUAGAUGUUUUAUUUUUAUAUUUAUUAACAUUAAUGCUAGUCCUUUAAUAUAGAUCGAUAUACGAGUAUUAGAUAUUUAUUUUAAAAAAGUAAAAUACAAGUAUAACGCAUGUCAACAGUUUAUAUAUACAAUGUUAACUAGAUCUUUGUGUACAAAAUUUAGGUAUAAAACUACGAAAAAUAUUUAUUGAAUAUUAAAAUGAAGAAGUACAACAUCUUAUAUACAUAUAAAUCUACACAAAAAAAUAGACAUGCGAAUUAUAGUCCAUUAAGAAUUAUUGUAUUCAUAAUAUAUUACUUACCAUAUUGUAAGACAACUAUCCUUGAAAUGAAAGUUUGUCGAUCUUCGUAUAUGCAUAAUCUCGUUGUUUAAUAAAUCACAUUAUAUUCUAUAUAAAA